GGGUGGGGCUCAGUCUGCAACAACAAAAAGAUGGCUAACAAAUUAUUUUUCCUGUUGUUGUGUUUGUUGGGACUCUUCAUUUCUACGUACCUGGGAGAAGCUGCUCAGUGUGCAACGGAUAAGAAGUCCCUCUGUACUGCACAUUGCAAUGGAACAAGCUUUGAACUUUCUAAAGCCUUUGACUUUCCGAUAAAAAUCACUGAGCCCACACCCAGAGGAGAUGACGGGAGUACUUUCUGGUACACGUGGAACCCCUGCCACAUCGAAGAGUGUCCUGGAUAUUCUGCAGGAACAGACAUUGCUGUUUGUCAGAAGGCUGAUCACGAGUUCUAUAGUAACUGUGGAGAGGCAAGCCAGCCCAUCUGGUUGAUGGAUACUACCCGACCGAGUGCUGGUGAAACUUUCCCCAACUGGCACGUGCAAUAUAUCUCCGGCAGCUUCUGGAGAGUCACUAUCAUCAAGUUUAUUGUUGACCACACUGUGAAGGAACCAACUAUCAAGUUCAUCAGUGAAGAACCACAUCUACAAUAUAAUUUUGAGGUGAGAGGGAAGUGCAUUGGACAAGACAGCUACGACUGCCAGCAGUACUAUGAGUCAAGGAACAAAGUAAAGAAACAGUAAAGAAACAGUAAACAGUAAAGAAACAAAAGAGCAGAACCCAGAAAAACUAAAUAAUUAUGUAUGAGAUUUGUUUGUCUACUGUUUUCUGUGAAUAAUGUUCUAGUCUGGUGCGCAUGUGCAUCCUGAAGCUAA